AACAGCAACUCCCUUCUCCCCCCAUCGCCGCCGCCGCCUUCUCCUGACCCACUUUGCAGCAAGCGGGAGGAGAUGGGGAGGCGCAAGAGGCGCUUCUGCAGCUUCGCACGCGGCGGGACUCCUUUUCCGCCCUCCCUCCCCCGCGGCCAGCGCAGCAAUCCGCGUUCUCCUCGCGCAGCUCCCCCCUCUCCAAACGCGCUGAGUUUUGGAGAGGCGGAAGGCUACUGGUUCGCGAAGAGUCCCCUCGAGGGGGAGGGAGGAGGAGUGGCGGCGGCAGGAACGUCCUUCCCCGCCCGCCUCCUUCCAGCCCGAGCUGCGGUAGCCGCAGAAGGCGGGUAGUCGUCGCUGGAGGAGGAGGGUGUGGAGGCCUCUGCGUCUGUCUUGCCCGUGCCACUCGGCGCCCUUCUCGGCUAUUGUUGCCUGCGCGUCAAGCGUCUCCUUUUCUCCUUUUUUUCCUUUUUCUCCUUCUCUCCGCCCAGGCCCGGAGCCAGCCGAGCUCCCCCAGAAAGCGCCCUUCCCUUCGCCGCGCCUGGCGAAGUCGCGCCCUUGGUGGCCGCCGCCUCCCCAAGCGUCCCCGCCUUCGACGCGCUGCGCGCACAGCCGGAGCGCAAAGCUUCUCCUUCUCCCCCUCAGCGGCCUGGACGUUCUCAAUAUGAGCGGCAUCGCCUGCGUCGAGAGACACCAGGUAAGCAGGGGCUGCGAGGCCCACCGGAGCCUCUUUCCAGCGAGGGACCGCGUGGCGCAGUCGAACUCGAAUCGGGCUUCCUUGUGCGUAAAGGCGCACGGCGCGCGCGGGAUUUUUUUGUCCCCCAACCUUGUGAAACCGCCCGUCCCAUUCCUUGAUCGCGAUGGGGCUUACCUCCGAGUAAACGGGGGCGGGGGCGGGAGGAUCUUGCCGCGCGGCGAGGCGAUUUAGGGCUGGGGAAGCCAGAAGAGGGGCGAGACCUCUUUUCCUUUGAAGGGCGCUCGGAUCGCGUGGGGUGCUGACUUGAAACGUUGGGUGGUGCCACUUGAUGGUGCAGGAGGAAUACUUUGGGGUAGGAGGAGCGGUCCACAGACCCAUUGUAGUGUGUGCAAAAUGUGCUUUUAGAAGCAACCCGGUUUUUCCCGCAAAUGGCGGAAGGGAUGUCUGGAGAAGGAGGAUUUGCGCGCCCUGUCUCUCGUCGUUGUUAAUUUCUGCUGUUAUUUCCGCAGACGGGUGAUCCUCACGCACCCUCCAAGUGCGUUGGAAUUGAGGUUAUACCUUGUUUUAUUUUGAGGUGUGCGCAGGCUUGCGUACUUUUUUUCCCAGAGAGAAAGGGAACCGUGACUGUGCCAUGCUGCCCUCGAUUUUUUUAGGUGGGUUAUUGCAGUGGUGGGCGUGACCCUAUUCGCAGUAGUGGCUGACGAUGUUUCGUGGCGUCAUGGGUAAACGACACCGGGAAGUAGAUGGGGGCUUCAUGUUGGUUAUGGGGUGCCCACCCCCUUCACUUUGGUGUGGUUUAUUGUGCUGGCUCCGCUGUGCCAGCAAAUAGAGUUAGGAAAGGUGGCUGAGGCUCAUUUAGUCCAACCCCUUGCAGUGCAGGAUUCUCACCUAAAAAAUCCCUGACAGGUGGCUCAUCCAGCCUCUUCCAAGGAAGGAAAGUCCACCAGGGAUUUAAAAGGUGAGAACCUGUGUAAAAGAAAAUAAGCUAGAUUCUCCUUGUCAAAUGAUUCUGGAUGGUCUGCCAGGCGGGGCAGCCUUGAAAGUGAGGUUGGAAUUAAACAUAUUAAUUCAUCACUUAACAUAAAUAAGGUGAAGAUCUAAGGAUGUUAAUGUUUAAGUUAAAUUUCAUAAAAAUUGGGAUUUGGAAAACCGUUAAAAGGACAUGCAAUGAAAUUCAACCAAGGGGAAGCAAGGAAGUCACUUAACAAAGUUAAUAACUGCAAUUUUCAAUAAGGCUAUGAUUUAUGGUUGUUUGUCUUGUGUGUUUGUUUGUUUAUAAUAUUGUGAAAGCUAAUAAAAUUUUUGGGGAAAAAAGAAAGCAAGGUUGGAGAGUUCUAACCAAUCCCAGCCGCUUCAAAGGUUUACGGCACAUCUGCCCCCUAGUGCAUUUCCUCCCACCCCCAUUUUGAUGGCUGUUUCUGAGAAGGGUGACCUGACAGGAAGCCAGUGCAUGUUCCUUUUUGUUUUUGUCUGGGGCGAGGAAGCAUUUUGCCUAUUACCUUGCUACAAUCUCGUUAAGAAGCAGCUAGGAGAUUACCGCAAGUUUCGAAGGGUUUUCGUUAUUUGAGGAGAGGUUUUCCUUUCUCCUUCUUUGCCUUUGUUCUAUCUCCACGUUGGCCCGUCCUGUUGCCAAGCACAUGGAGCUGAAAAGCAUCUGUUCCAAAAUGCUUGCUGCAGUUGAAGGCGUGAUUGGGUGGGGAGGAAAAGCCACGCUGGCCAAUCCAGAGGCAGAUACGGUUUCUCUGUGUUAUAAUUAGGCAAGGCGUGAGCAGAUCUCUGGAUUAUGUUUCUGUUUUUUCCAUUUGCUUCAGUGGGAGAAACCCAUAUUUUGCAUCACAUAUUAAAUAAAUGUCUGGGAUUUUGCUCUUGGCCUGCCUACAGAGGCAGUCAGCCAUAUGUCAAGGACCAUAAUGUCUUCUAGACAACUGUGCAUUUAUCUUAGUCCAGCCCUUCAGUUGGACGGUCAUAUAUAGCUAUAUAUAAAAAUCAUAUUGGGAAAAUUGUUUGUGUUGUGAUUUCAGGAUGUGAAGUUCUAGUGCUAUACAAUAAAGUGUUUGGCUGGUGGUGGUGAAGGGGACAGCUAGCCUCUAAAUAACAUGGGUAGGCGAACUAAGGCCUGGGGGCCAGAUCCGGCCGAAUCGCCUUCUAAAUCCGGCCCAUGGACGGUCCGGGAAUCAGCGUGUUUUUACAUGAGUAGAAUGUGUGCUUUUAUUUCAAAUGCAUCUCUGGGUUAUUUGUGGGGCAUAGGAAUACAUUCAUAUUUCCCCCCCGAAAAUAAAGUCCGGCCCCCUACAAGGUCUGAAGGACAGUGGACCGGCCCCCUGUUGAAAAAGUUUGCUGACCCCUCCUAUAACAUCUACUACUCCAAAUGGACCUGCUCAAGUUAAAACAGUAGCAGAAUCAUACGUAAACACACUAGGGAGAGGGCAAAUUACACAUUACAUGUAAAAUGUGUGUUUGGAAGCCCCUGUAGAUUAUGUUGAGGAGGGGUAGGAGUGAGAGAAACAAGCUUAACUUCUAAUCCAUCAGCCUUUUUUAUGCUCAAAAUCCUCCUGGCUGCUGCCAACUGCUUCCUUCCACCCUUUGAGAUUCCUGAUGAAUUGUCUGUAAAAGUAAAUUACAUAUCUGGAACCGUGUUUGUGGGACUCUUGAGAAAGCAGCCAGCGGGGAAAGACAAAAUACCCGGCCAGUUUUACUUAAAAUUGCAGUCUCUUGCGGAAGUUUAUAGCACCAAUUACAGUGGUGCCCCGCAAGACGAAUGCCUCGCAAGACGAAAAACUCGCUAGACGAAAGAGUUUUCCGUUUUUUGAGUCGUUCCGCAAGACGAAUUUCCCUAUGGGCUUGCUUCGCAAGACGAAAAAACCGCAAGACGAAGAGACUCGCGGAACGGAUUAAUUUCGUCUUGCGAGGCACCACUGUAAAUCGGGGGUGGCUAACCUGUGACCCUACAGAUGUUGCCGCGCUAUAACUCCCACCGUCCCUGCCCACUGCCCAUGCUAGCAUUCUCCUCAUGUUUACCCACUGCCCAUGUUUACCCGCAUUCUCCUCCCCUCCUCCAAUCUAAGAACAGCUUCAGGGAGGUUAUUUAGAUCUGGAAAACAUUGUGCAAGGUUGGAAAGGAGGGUAAGCAGCCCUCCCGUAGUAUUGCUUUUGAUCAAAAUCUGCUUCAAAGAUUGUAGAGCAAUCUCUCUCAGGCGUCAUGUAUUGUUUUGGGUCUCAUGCAUCAUCAGCUCAUGAUGGCUAAACUUUUAUUCACGGAUGGGGCAAGGUAGAUGAGCUGUGUUCCAGGAAAGGUGCAAGACAAUUGCUGUAGCUAACCAGUGUCCGGAUGUAAUUGGAUUUAGUUCAUGCUGUGAACUUUGCAGGGCGGUUUUCUUUGCCCCUCCUCUUGACGGAUGGCGACCGCAUUGCUCUUUGUUAUGUGCCUGUCACUAAGAAUGACUUUGUGUUUAAGCUGUAAAACAAGCACUUUGAACAUCAGUACGGUUUGGGGCAACAGCUUUCUGGUUUUCCAGCUUUUUAAAUCUGUGUCUAGCCUGACACUCUUGGAAAGGUAUGCAUCGUAAGCAUAUUUUUUUUAAAGUUAUAGGAGGCCAAGCAAUUAAGAGUUUACUUGUACUUACGCUGAAGAAACAAUGACUCACUCUGGAACCUUACUCAAAUAAAGCAGGUCUUGAGUAUGGGAGUGCCAAAUAUAAAACAAAUCAACUGAUAUAGUUUUUCAGUCGGUUUAUGUCUGUGCUGAAAAUUUUGAAAAGCAGGAACGAAAACUUGAACUCAGGGCAGGAGGCCAGUGGAAUCGCGGGUGAGACGCCAGGCAUUGCAAUUUGGGGGCAUUAUGGAGAAAGGAAUACCUUAAGCUUAAAUACCAUUAUUAUUAUUAUUAUUAUUAUUAAUUGAAUUUAUAUACCGCCCUAUACCUGGAGGUCUCAGGGCGGUUCACAUAAAAAUAUCACAGUAUAUAAAAUAAAAAUAAAAGCAAUAACCCAAUAGUACCCCCCCUCCAAAAAAAGAGCUACAUUUUAAAAGGUUAUUGGAUGUUAACCAAAGGCCUGGUUAAAAAGGACCGCUUUUGCCUGGUGCCUAUAGUGCAUUGCUCCUUAACGGAAAAGGAAUGUGACGAACUAACCCGUCCUGGAUGCACAAACUCCAUGUUCAAUCUUUUCAGACAAAAGAUGACAGCGCAAUCCCUACAUCCCUUAACUGCUUCUUGGCUGUUCGUUGGACAGCUAUGCAUUUAGUGAAAGGAGUUUGGUCUCACGUGUGGUGUGUUGUUAGAUCUAGAUAGAGGUACAACAAGAGAGUCCCAGGGAAUAAUGGGAAAUGGAUUGAGGUAGAGAAAUAGAAAAGGCCGCCUGCAACUCGCGGUGGGAAUGGCUGGCCUUAAAUCAGUUUCCACACAGUUUAACCAAGCCAUGGAUAACUAGCAACCUGCAAUUAUUCAAGCUUUAUGCACUUGGGUUUUCUUUUUUAGUUGGACAGGCGGGGGCAGGUGUUUGGGGUGAAAAGACUUUGGCAACCCCACCCGCCAUUGAACCCAUAAUGUUUUGGCCAUAUACCGUAUUUUUUGCUCUAUAAGACUCACUUUUUCCUUCCUAAAAAGUAAGGGGAAAUGUGUGUGCGUCUUAUGGGCGAAUGCAGGCUGCGCAGCUAUCCCAGAAGCCAGAACAGCAAGAGGGAUUGCUGCUUUCACUGCGCAGCGAUCCCUCUUGCUGUUCUGGCUUCUGAGAUUCAGAAUAUUUUUUUUUCUUGUUUUCCUCCUCCAAAAACUAGGUGCGUCUUGUGGUCUGGUGCAUCUUAUAGAGCGAAAAAUACAGUAUGUUUUGGCUUUACACGCUGUUCCUGGAAUGUAACCCCAACAGAACUUGAACACCACCUAUAUAUUAAAGGCGACAUAUAGAUGGUGCUACUCCUCACUAAAACUCCCAAAACUGGAGUAUUGCAAUAGUGGAGAAACAUACCAACAGAGGAGGGAAAGGGGAAUUAUAAAGGACGAAUUUGUUCAGAGUACUUACUGUAGUUUGAUUUUUAUCAUGUUUGUUAACAAGAGGAACAGUGACAGAACUCCCUAGGAUGACAAAGCUAAUCUUCAGAACCUGCUGAAGUAGAAGCAGAGCAUUCAGCCGAGUCAGAAAUAGUGGAAAUAGAUUUAGGAAGAAAAACAAAUGAACUGAUGAUGGGCAGGAUAUUUAAUUAAUGAUGUGCCCAUUUGUCUCUGGAAACAGUGUUCGUAUUGUAGUACUAGUAAGUGUGUUCAUAUGAAACCAAUAAAAAAUAAUUUUAAAGGGAAGUUAUGCAUGUAUUAUGGAACUUUUAAUUUCAGUCUCGUGUGGCCCAACCUUCAGAAGUUUUACCGAGAAUUUCUGUGGAGAAAUAUCUGCUUAAUUUCAGAGUACAGUGGUACCUUGGUUUAUGAACUAAAUCCGUUCCAGAAGUCCAUUCUUAAACCAAAGCGUUCUUAAACCAAGGCGUGCUUUCCCAUAGCAGCGGGGGACUCAAUUUACAAAUGGAACACACUCAACAGAAAGCAAAACAUGUUCUCCUUCCAAGGCAAAGUUCACAAACCAAAACACCUACUUCCUGGUUUGCAGCGUUCUUAACCCAAGUUGUUCAUAAACUAAGCUGUUCUUAAACCAAGGUACCACUGUAUUGAAUCCUGUUGAGGUGGUUUAGAAAAAACAGAUCCAUUUUUUGUGAAGUUUCAGUUGAGCUUCUUUAGAAAGGUGGGGAGAAAAGAAAUCCAAAAUGUGAAAUCUAGCCACUCUGAGAUUAGAUGGAGGUGGAUUGUCCUCAGGCAAGAGAUUGAAUAGAAUUUAGAUAAAGCGCGUAGAAUCUUUUAAUAAUAAUAAUAAUAAUCAAUUUUAUUUAGGGAAAUAGGGAAUAAUAAUAAUGGGGGGGGGACCCAAUUUAAAAUACAGGGUAAAAUGCAAUUUAAAAUGCAGCCUCAUUUUAAAAGUAGCCCAUAGAUCAAAACCAUAAGGGGAGGGAAACAUAAGGGUCAGACUGAGUCCAAACCAAAGGCCAGGCGGAACAGCUCUGUCUUGCAGGCCCUGCGGAAAGAUGUCAAGUCCCGCAGGGCCCUAGUCUCUUGGGACAGAGCAUUCUACCAAGUCGGGGCCAGUACUGAAAAGGCCCUGGCCCUAGUUGAGACCAAACUAACCACCUUGCGACUUGGGACCUCCAAAGUGUUGUCGUUUGUGGACCUUAAGGUCCUCCGCGGGGCAUGCCAGGAGAGGCGGUCCUGUAGGUACGUGGGUCCUAGGCCGCGUAGGGCUUUAAAGGUCUGCCUAAAGCCUGCCUUCCCUUGGGAGCAACUUUCUGGGGACACGUCCUUCCUGUUGCCAUCCAUCUGUCUUGAGAGACAAUGGAGUAUGCGCCGCGGGGGUUCAAGUCAAGCCACUUGCAUUAGCGACCUCCCAGGGGAGCAAGCAAGGGCAAUGUAUAUGGAGGUCCUGGUCUGCCCUGACACAAGAUGCCCCUCUCAGCCUCCCUGACUUUCCUGGAGCAACAAGGUGUGACUUUUACCUUUUGUGUAGUAACCCUUGCAAAGCUGGAGUUAAAACAAGCAGUGUACUUUAUGGCCAGCAGGACACCUUAAAGUAUCUUCAAACCUCCUAUGGAGGCAUGACUUGUGUAAAUGGUCUUCUAGUUGGGGGAGAGACCACUUAAAUAAAUAUUGAUGCAAAUUAAGCUGUUCCACACAGAAAAAUCAGAACAGUUGUUAUUAUUAUUUGGAAAUAAUUUUCAUUUUACAAGUGUAGCAUUAUAACAGUACAAAAUAGAUAUCCAUAUUUAGAGAUUUCUCUGAAUCUCGAGAGUUCGCACCAUCCCCUCCGUGGGUCCUCUUGCAACCUUUUCAACUGCGUAUUAUUUCAUAAUCCAUUUUAUGAAUCUAUCGAUAUUAUUUGCUGCACUGUUGUUGUUGUUUAGUCGUGUCCGACUCUUCGUGACCCCAUGGACCAGAACACGCCAGGCACUCCUGUCUUCCUGCCGCUACAAGUGUUAUUAAAAUCCUGCUAAUGUUUUCAUCUUACGGUGGCCUCCUAAAUAAAUUAUAUCCCCCCCCCCCCCAAAAAACAAAGCAAUUAACAGUAAAUUUGAAAUCAAAACUUCUCCUUUUAAAUAAUACUGGUGCAAAUUUGUGUAGUUUUCAGUUUGGCUACUGAGCAGGAUCGUAAAACUAAGACAGAUUUAGUUCCAAAACCAGUUUGGAAACAACAUUUCUGGAAGGAUUGAUGCUUUUGAAUUAUGGUGCUGGAGGAGACUCUUGAGAGUCCCAUGGACUGCAAGAAGAUGUCCAUUCUGAAGGAAAUCAGCCCUGAGUGCUCACUGGAAGGACAGAUCCUGAAGCUGGGGCUCCAAUACUUUGGCCACCUCAUGAGAAGAGAAGACUCCUUGGAAAAGACCCUGAUGUUGGGAAAGAUGGAGGGCACAAGGAGAAGGGGACGACAGAGGACGAGAUGGUUCUCAAAGCUAUCAGCAUGAGUUUGACCAAACUGCGGGAGGCAGUGGAAGACAGGAGUGCCUGGCGUGGUCUGGUCCAUGGGGUCACGAAGACUCGGACACGACUAAACGACUAAACAACAACAACAUCUAGCAGAUACUUCUUUCACCCCUGUCUUCCAUGUGUCACCUCUCCAGCUGCUAGGCCCAUGACAUCACAUCUCUCCAUUUUUGUUAAUCCCAACCCAUUAGCCAUAUUACACAAGUACAGAUAUGAAGUCCCUAGCAUUUGCUUCCAUUAAAUUUUAUAGUCAAAAGAUUCCGUCGUUUCCCAUCUUACAUCGAUUUCCUCCACUUGGUUUGCUAGGUGUGUAGUUACAGGAUGAGACACUUUCACAAGAAACUUUCUUUUGUGAUCAUGCUCACGUAUAUUAGGAAUAUCGGUUGGGGGAAAUACUGCUGUUUCCGAGUGAGUAGAAAAUAAGUAGUUUCCCAGAUUGUUUUGAAAAUGUGGUACCACCCAAGGAUUAAAACUUGGUUGCAUAUUUACAUAUUAUAUAAAAAGUAAUUACCGUAUUUUUUUAUGUAUAAGACUAGGGUUUUUUCCUAAAAAAUAAUGUCAAAAAUUAGGGGGUGUCAUAUACAUGGGGCCAUCUCCCCCCUUUUCUUAAAUCUGAGUCCCCCAAAAUACAUGGGGGCGUCCUAUGGACAGAAAAAUACGGUAACUCCAAAAUAUUUAAAAACCUUCAAAGCCCAUCAGUGAGGAAUAUUUGCGAACAGUUGUAAGAGAUAAGGUUCUGGGAAUAGAAUACCGUAUUUUUCGCUCAAUAAGACGCACCAGACCACAAGACGCACCUAGUUUUUGGAGCAGGAAAACAAGAAAAAAAAAUAUUCUGAAUCUCAGAAGCCAGAACAGCAAGAGGGAUCGCUGUGCAGUGAAAGCAGCAAUCCCUCUUGCUGUUCUGGCUUCUGGGAUAGCUGCACAGCCUGCAUUCGCUCCAUAAAACGCACACACAUUUCCCCUUACUUUUUAGGAGGGAAAAAGUGGGUCUUCUAGAGCAAAAAAUAUGGUAGAUCUUGAAUCACAGUGGGGUUUACAUUUUAUAAGUAAUAUCCCCCCCCCCCCCGGUUGUUAUAUUACAGUGUGGGUGUUACAGGUUACUUAAGGGCUCUGAGGCUUUUUAAAGAAGAGUUGCUUUAAGAUGUAGGUCUAUCCAAUAAAAGCUGCUGUUUGUAGACUUUGCCCAGACUAAUCUCUGUUUGCUGGGUCAGCUACAGUAAUACAAAUGUGCUGUAACUGAAUUACUGUAGGAUAUAGCUGAGUGAUUGAAACAGAUCUAAAGAGGAUGCAGUCUUUAUGUACCAUUUACUGAUUUGGGGGUAAAUAAUAUUUCAUGCAAAAUUGUCCUGAUUUCCUUAAUAGCGACAGGCUUCCAUUAACACCUUUUAAUUUUAGAAAAUGUUGGUCUUUGUUUUCAUAGCCUUUCAGGCAGUUCACAGUUGGCAUAGAGUCAAGUCCUAAACGGAUUCUAAACAUGCAGAAAUCCCAAAUUAAUCAGUUUAUUUUUUUGUUUUCUAUUGCAGAGUAUGAUGCACGACUACCACAGAAGAAAUUCGUAUCUAUAGCUUUUAAGGACUUGAUUACAUCGUUUUAAAGCCUGGUAGUUUUGGAGUCAUCCGUUUAGAAGACGCAACUGCUUGCAUUAUUCCAAGCUGCUGCUAAUCUUAGGAGGAAUAUAAAUUGACGUGCUCUCAUAUUAACACACAAGAAGACUUCGGAUUAUUCAAGGUCUCCUAGUUACCACAACAUAAAUUUAUUUGAUACGUUUUUACUCGGGUCGACGCAUAUAUAAUGUCAUUUCUUGUGACGUGGAGUGUAUUGAUUAGUCAGCUGUACAGUACGAUAGACUUUGAUCUGAUUUUGAUACCGUAAGCCCAAAUAAAAAACAGAGAGUCAUGCAAACUGGCACCUGAUAGCAAUUACAUAAUCACUUUUUGAUAUAAGCUGCUUAAUUGGAAAACUGAUUAAAAAUUGCCUUCAAACAAACUGGUGACUCCCCUCUUGCCUUCCCCCCCCUUUUUCCCCAAAAUGACCCCUGAAUUUUUGAAUUUUAUUGAUAUUGAUGCUGCAUUUUAUGUUGUUUUUAAGUCGCAUUUUAAUCAAGGUUUUAUAUUUGCUGUUAGCCGCCCUGAGCCCGGUUUUUAAACUGGGAAGGGCGGGGUAUAAAUAAAUAAAAAUUAUUAUUAUUAUUAUUAUUAUUAUUAUUAUUAUUAUUAUUACAGACCUGCAGUGUGACAGUGGCUGAUAACUCUGGCAGUCUUUCUGCCAGCACUGCUCAUGGUUGAGAGGGCACAACGCCUUGGGUGCUCUCACUAAACUUUACCAUUUCAGUAGCAAGUGAAAUUAGUACAGUGGUACUAAUUGUACCACUAAGGGACGCGGGUGGUGCUGUGGGUUAAACCACAGAGCCUAGGACUUGCCGAUCAGAAGGUUGGCGGUUCGAAUCCCCGCGACGGGGUAAGCUCCCGUUGCUCGGUUCCCUACUCCUGCCAACCUAGCAGUUCGAAAGCACAUCAAAGUGCAAGUAGAUAAAUAGGUACCACUCCAGCAGAAAGGUAAACGGCGUUUCUGUGCGCUGCUCUGGUUCGCCAGAAGCGGCUUAGUCAUGCUGGUCACAUGACCCGGAAGCUGUACGUCGGCUCCCUCGGCCGAUAAAGCGAGAUGAGCACCGCAACCCCAGAGUCGGUCACAACUGGACCUCAUGGUCAGGGGUCCCUUUACCUUUACUACCUCAGGUUAAGUACUUAAUUCAUUCUGGAGGUCCGUUCUGAACCUGAAACUGUUCUUAACCUGAAGCAUCACUUUAGCUAAUGGAGCCCAAUUUCUGUUUGCUUAUCCUGAAGCAAAGUUCUUAACCUGAAGCACUAUUUCUGGGUUAGCGGAGUCUGUAACCUUAAGCAUAUGUAACUUGAGGUACCUCUGUACGGUGAACCCUCGAGUUACAUAUCGCUCUGGAUACGUAACUUUCGGGUUGCAAACGCAGCAAACCCGGGUUUUGCUGCAUGCGCAGAAGCGCUCUAUCGCACGUGCACAGAAGUGGCGCCUCCAGUUACAGACUUUUCAGGUUAAGUACGGACCCCCAAAACGAAUUUAAUUCGUAUCCAGAGGGUCCACUUAAUUAUUAUCACUUUAACCCCACGUCCCCUGCAAAUUGGUUUGGUGUGUGUCUCUGGAGAACACCCCUAUUGCUGCAAGUGGGGAGAUGAUUCCGUCUGGAAGGCGGAAUUACCGAACUGACGGGAUGAUCAUAAUAUCACAUUGAAUUCCUCCAGUUUAUUUACAGCUUUGUGCAUGUGUGUCUGCUUUCACAGAUGCUUACUCGCAGGUAGUAGGCAUAGGGUAGGAGCAUGGGAUUGUUGUUUGUAUAGGAUUACAACCUCAAAAAGGCUUUGCAUCAAAUAACAUCACACUUGGUUCUAUUAACAAUUGCAAAUUCUCCUCUUCAGCCACAGAAACAGCAAAAAUGAUUCCUAAUGGCUAUUUGAUGUUCGAAGAUGAAAACUUCAUCGAGUCGUCCGUUGCCAAGCUAAAUGCUUUGCGAAAAAGUGGCCAAUUCUGUGAUGUUAGACUCCAGGUAACUUAACAGUGCAACAACUGGGUGUUAUGUUUUGAGUUUGGAAUUGGGGGGAGGGGGAUUUAUGGUGUUAAUUAAUUUCUCAAUUAAUUUCUCCGCCCUACAUGUUCUGAAAACUCACUACACCAUUAGAUGGAAUUCUUUUGAAGUCUCUUUUUAAAAUUAUGAGCCUGAUCCAGCCAAAACUAAGCAUUCUAACUGAAAUCAGUGGUAGAAAUGUGCUUACCUUAUUUAAAUCCACGAGACUAGAAACUGGGUCAUGAACAAAAGCAGUUGGUAAAAAGAGACCAUCUGUAGUUAAUCAUUACAGCUCUGAAAUCCAUUCAGUUAUUGGUUCCCAAUUGAUUGACCCCCCAAGGGAUCUGUGGCACCAUUCACAUAACAAAAACUUUCAAAAAAAAAAGGUGGUCCAUGGCUUGUUUUUUGAAAAACGGGGUCUGAAGUACUUAGCUAAUUGGGAUCCACUGCAAUAAAUCCACUGAUUUUCAGUGGUUUUCUAUUCUGUAAGAUGUAACAUUGCAUAUCAUCUGUUAGGCUGAACUAUUUAGGUUUAACACAAGUCUUUCUCUUAUUUUAAUACAGGUCUGUGGGUAUGAGAUGUUGGCACACAGAGCAGUUCUAGCUUGCUGCAGUCCUUACCUGUUUGAAAUCUUCAAUAACGACAGCGACUCUCACGGAGUUUCCCAUGUAAAGUUUGACGAUCUUCAUCCAGAAGCUGUUGAAGUCCUGUUAAACUAUGCCUACACUGCCCAGUAAGUGACUUGGUUUUUUGUUCUACAGACGAUAGGCAUUUUUAUCUUAUGCUCUCUGUUAAGAACAAAUUCUAAAAUAACCAUAUAACUUUAAUAGAUUGAAAGCUGAUAAAGAACUGGUCAAAGAUGUGUACUCUGCAGCCAAGAAACUGAAGAUGGAGAGAGUCAAGCAGGUAUAAAUUUUGGACACUUAAGAAACCAAAGUUUCUGUGACCUUAGUUGGAGGAAGAGCUCUAUCGUUAAUCUUAAUGAGCAACUCAAGCAUUUGAAUAGGCAUAUUGAUUAAUACGCCUGCAUUUUUACCACUAAAAAGCCAUGUUCAUCUUUAAAGCAUUUCAUUUAUAGAUUAGGAUCAAAGCUUUAAGAGAUACGAAAAAAGGUUUACAAAUGGGUAAAAGCUUAAUGGUAAGGAUUUGCUGAACUAACAAACUGAACUGGAAUACAAAAAAGGGAGGUACGAGGAGGUCCGGGGAAAUAAGUGUAAGGAAGAUAGGUUAUGGAAAAUUAACGUGUUUUUAACUGUUUUUAUUUUGUAUGUUUCUCUUUAUAGUUCAUUUUUUUGUUAUAUCUUAAAAACUUUAUUCUUUUUUCUGUAUUUUCUAUUUUCUUGUAUUUUUACUUUUUGUUUCUGUGUAAUUUUUGUAUUCUUUAAAACUAUAAUAAAUAUCAUUUUUUUAAAAAAAUAUAUAGAUUAGGAUCAAUGAUGAUGAUGAAAUAGAGCCUAAGGAUUUCAUUUGAUUAAUUGUUGGUCCGCUAUAUGGAUUUGGGGACAGUUUCGUAAAAUAUAUUUGUUUGCUGAUGUCAGCAGUUCUGGCAGUGCACUUGCACAGAUUAAUGUGUGAACCGAGCAAUCAAAUAUAGAUGGCCUCAGUUCCUUUAAUUGUAGCAGACAGUGACUGUAGACACAUGAGCUGCGUGCUGCUUUUGCAUAAACGGCAGCAAAGCGGUGACGCUUGCAGAUAAUGCAUAUCCUGGCUUAUUUAAAAUAUUUACAGCAAAAUAUAAAAUAAAAGGCUGAUUAUAUUUGGUCCCGUUUUCCUAGAAGAAAAAUCAGGCAGUGCCACUCCCAUUUCUGCAGCUCAAUUUUGUGUUAUCGCUGCUGGAUAGUACCAGCAAAGGCAUUUGAGAGUGAUGUCUCAGAAAAGUUUGAUUAACAGUUAUGCCGUUUGUCUUAAAUUAAGAGCAGCAAUACGUUAAAGGCAAGAGAAGAUGUAAAAUUGAUUUGCUGAAAUAGGGGCCAUGGCAGGUUGGUGGGGUAUAAGAAGUGAGAAACAGAAAGUGCCCCAGAAGUGUACUGAACCUCUUUUUUAAAAAAUAACAUAAUUGUAUGCCUUUCUAAAAGGUUUGUGGAGAUUAUUUGCUCUCCAGAAUGAGCGUUGAAAGCUGCAUCUCCUAUCGGAACUUUGCAAGCACCAUGGGCGAUUCACGUUUACUGAGUAAGAUUGAUAGUUACCUUCAGGAGCACUUGUUACAGAUCUCUGACCAGGAGGAAUUUCUCAAAUUGCCACGUUUAAAGGUGAGCAAUCUCGUGCUCCUUUCUAUUCCACAGUAAAAAAAAGGGAAGUUAGUCUUGUUCACGUUUUAAUGCUACCAGGAAAUCGUUAAACGAAACUGUGUUUCUUAAAACAUAUGGGCAAACAGUCUUGCAGAUUUUGAGUUGCUCAAUUUGGAAUUGUCACUCCUUCCAUGACCUUUUCCAGAACAGCUGAGUGAUUUUACAUGCACAUAUUGGACGUCCCAGGAGUCUUGUCACUACAGCUAUCUCAAAAGUGCAGCAUUUAAUUCCACCCCCAAUUCCAAGCCCCCUCUCAGUUGUGUCCAGAAUUGCAGCCCUUUUACUUCGUUCCAUAGAAGAGGGAUUCUCAAGUUUUCUACUCCCAAUACCCACUUGAGAUGGCUGAAAAUUAUCGAAGCCCACCAGUCAAAAAAUGGCAGUGGGUGGAGGCAGUGUUUGUUCCAGUCAGCUGGCAAGCACUGACAUCUUCUAGAUCUACCUAAUCAAUCUUGGGGAAUUGCUGUGUUCUUUUACCACAGCGUUUUCCUUGUGGCAAGGAGUUCCUUAGCUUAGCUUUCCCGUUGGUCAUUUGAUUGUUCUCUUUACCCAUUGUUGUCUUUUUAAUUGUAUAUAUUGCUUGUUUUAUGUUGCUAUGGCCGUUGGCUAAUGCGAAUAAACUAUCUGUCUUUCCCAAAGCAAAGUGUAGACCAGGGGUCAGCAACCUUUUUCAGCCGGGUGCCAGUCUACCGUCCCUCAGACCAUGCGCUGGGCCGGACUAUAUUUUGAAAAAAAUAUAUGAAUGAAUUCCUAUGCCCCACAAAUAACCCAGAGAUGCAUUUGAAAUAAAAGCACACAUUCUAGUCAUGUAAAAACACGCUGAUUCCCAGACCGUGCACGGGCCGGAUUUAGAAGGCAAUUGGGCCGCAUCCGGCCCCCGGGCCUUAGGUUGCCUACCCCUGGUGUAGAUGUUUGCUCUGGAGGUCCUGUGACAGAACUAGUUGACCUGGCAGCUCUUAAAAGUGGAGAAGGCUUUUUCUGUUACAUUUCCCCCUUCCCACCUCCCAUUCUUCCACACUCAGCUUGUACCAUAUUCCCUACCCUCAUUUGCUGGGUCAUCACCUUGUUGUAGUGCGUGGGCUUGCACGUUCCUGUGAUCCUUGUGACCAAACAAAAAAACAAACCAGCGGACCUGAUGGGAUACCUGCUGAAGUCUUCCAAGUGGGCAGAAUUGAACAUACACAACAAUGUCACAAGCUUGACAAAAAAAUCUGGGAGAGAUAGGAGAUUCCAGCAGACUUCAGGGAUGCCAAAAUCAUCAAUCUCCCACCCCCCUUUUUUUAAUGGUGAUAGAACGGACUGCAGAAAUUAUCGAGACAUCUCUUUAUUAGCUGUGGCCAGCAAAAUUCUUGCAAGGAUCUUAGCAAACCUUCUCCUAAUUAUACCAGAAGAUAUUUUUCCUGAAUCCUGAAAGGGUUUUCGACUUUCUAGGGGGACAGUGGAUAUGAUUUUGACUGCUCGACAGCUUUAAGAAAAAUACAGAGAGCAAAACCAAACCCUGUAUAUGGCGUUUAUUGACCUGAGGUCUUUGACACUGCCCUGUGGACUAUCUUCUGAAAAUCCAGCAUCGCUUGAGCUCUGCAAGCGCUGCUUUCUCCCAACUGAAGUGCCAAGAGUUUGAGGACUAGGAGAUUCACAGGGAAAGCAAAAUCUUCGUUUACAAAGCUAUUAUACUACCAACUUUACAGAACGCUUGUGAAACAUGGGCCACUUAUAAACUAUAUCCAAAUCCUUGAGAGAUUUCAUCAACGGUAUCUCUGAAAAUUUUUACGCAUCAUUUGGGAAGACAGGUGAACUAAUGCCAGUGUACUGGAAGAAGCAAAGAUCCCCAGUGUCGAAGCAAUGAUUCUUCAACAUCAACUUCGUUGGACUGGUCAUGUUGUUCGGAUGCCUGAUGAUCGUCUUCCAAAGCAACUUCUCUAUUCCCAGUUUAAGAAUGGAAAGCGAAAUACUGGUGGUCAACAAAAGAGGUUUAAAGACGCUCCCAAGGCAAAUCUUUUAGAAAUAUCAUAUAAUCACUGAUAACAGGGAAACACUGGCCUGUGAGUGCUCCAGUUGGAGACAGCCUUUACCAAAGAUGUCGUGGACUUUGAAGAAGCACAAACUCAGGACAAAAGGGAGAAAUGUGCUAAGAGGAAGGUACGUUUGGCAAACCCUCACCGUGAUCAACUCCUGCCCGGAAAUCUCUGUCCCCACUGUGGAAGGACGUGUGGAUCCAGAAUUGUCUUCCACAAUCACUUAUGGACUCAUGGUUGAAACCAUGUUCACGGGAGACAAUCUUGCUCUGCUACAAGUGAUCGUCAAAGAAGGAGAAGAUAUUCCCUACCCCUAAACUUACCCUACCCCACUUUUUUUCCAUCCCUCCACCUUAGUUUUACGCUCUUUCCCCCCUCCUAUAGUAGCUUUCCUCUCUCUCCCUUUCUGUUCCCAAUGAAUUACCAUGAACCUUUUAUCUCGCUUUCUGGUUUCCUUCAAUACCACCUCUGGCCCUUUGACCUUGCCUGCGCUCGCCCCGCCAGACCUCUGUCUCCUGGCUUAACACGAAUGGAGUUGCUGGUCCUGGCAUGGGUUCAGCCAAAAUGCCACGGGCAGUUAGAGCAUGCAUAAGCAAACUCUGGCCCUCCAGAUGUUUUUUGAGACUACAAUUCCCAUCAUCCCUGACUACUGGUCCUGUUAGCUAGGGAUGAUGGGAAUUGUAGUCCCAGACAUCCGGAGGGCCGGAGUUUGCCUAUGCCUGAGCUUAGAGGGUGAGGCAGGCAGGUGAGGAGGUGGUACUGGGCAGGUUGUGGCACUGAGAUGCACCUGGAAGUGUCACAAGGCCCUCUGGUGAACCCACUGUUUGAGAAAUACUGCCAUAGAACUUAAUGGGAACCACUGGCAAUCGAGCCUGCUCCUGUCUUCGUAGCCCCAAGCAGGAGAUUCUGUUUGUUUGUUACACCAGAAUGCGAGCAAACCUUGAUAUUUUACAUCCUCCGUUCUGGAUUUGUUGUUGUUGUUGUUAAUGUCAUUCAUAAAGCAAAACAAACUGUCAAAGCAGUUUGCCUUAAUUAUACCUCUAGAAAGUUCUAUGUUGGUAUAAUGAUGUUUGAGAUUUUAUUUAAUCUUGUGUAGGCAAGCCUUUUAGGUCUUUUAUCUCUCUUAGCCACUAAACCCUUUUGUUUUUUAUUCCAGCUGGAGGUCAUGCUUGAAGACAAUGUUAGCUUGCCCAGCAAUGGCAAAUUAUACACAAAGGUAAUCAACUGGGUGCAACGCAGCAUCUGGGAGAAUGGAGACAGUCUAGGAGAUCUGAUGGAAGAGGUUAGUCUUUUAAAAACGAGCUUCGGCAGCCUUUAACAAUUAAGCUUUUCUGAAAUUAAGGAUGAUCCUUUUUCUUUUCUUUUUUUUUCUUUAAAAAAAAAACCUAUUUGAAAAAUUUAAAUCUUACUGUAGGUAUCCCUAAGCUGAGAAACUUAGGGGGGUUUCCAGGUGAGCUCCAUAAACUGUUUGAUCUGGUUUUUCUGUUUCUGUUUUUUACUCUUUUAACAACUUCGCUCUGGUGAAAACGGGGAGGUGGUUUUUAAGGCUCACUGUAUGUCCUUAAUGUGUUCCUUUUUGCAGGGUUUUUGCUUAAAGAGAGACAGUAGGUAAAAGGUUCUAAUGGUUGUUCCUCCCCAUUGAUUUAUCUCCCCAUAGGUUUAUUAACAAAACUAGGAUACUCAGCGCUGAAGAACCAUAGAAGAAACUUCAAGUGUAAAGAAGCAGCAGUCGUGCCCCAGUUCUCCUAAGAAAAUCCGCUGGGGGCAAAAAACGAUGAUGAUGAUUAAUGGUGUUUACUUCUUUACAGGAUAUCUUAACUUUUGACAAAACUUGUGUAAUUAAAUAGCCUUUCUCACAUACCCAGCAGUCAGUGUAGUCUCAAUCAGAAAUGCCAGCGUCUUGAGAAUCGCAGUGGAGAUAAUAUAAAUUUUGAAUUGUUUGCAAAAACUUAACCUAGCUUGCCAUCAAACGAACAACCUUUGAGAAUGGUUAUGUUUGCUUUAUUCUGCCCUUCCUUAGAAGCCCAGUCAAAUAGUCUUAGAUUCCCCUUAAAGUUCUCGUAUUUAGUAAUGGGCAGGCAGUAGACUUUCCUAAAUGGAAAAUCAGCCCCUCUGGGCUGUACCCAGCUAAGUGACAUUGUGAGCAGGGCUACUCAAAAGUACAACUUAGCCGGAUACAGCUCAUUUUUAACAUGACCCCUUUUGUAAUCCAAUUGUGCUUAGUUUACAUGCAUUAUUCACUUAACUGGACAAGGAGAAGAUGUUUGUAUUUUGCAAAUAAGAAAAAUGCGUGUUGCGGCAACAGUUUUUGUGUGUGUUUGAGAUUGUCAAUCUGUACAGUUUAUUCUGCAAGAUAAUGUACACCGUCACACAUCUUAAUGUUACGGCGCAGGGAAGUCAAGGCAACUGAAGAUUUCUUUUGAGCUGUGGAAGCGGGGAUCCGUCAUGCCAUAACUGGAAGAUCUGUCGUCAUGAGAGCAACUUCUUUUUUAAUUUUUUAAUUUUUUUUUGCCAUUCUGCUAGAUGGAAAGAAGAGAACCUGACUGAGACUUGGAGCCCUUAUGGAGUCUUGUGUUCUGUGUACCAAUAGUUGAAUUAGGCAAUGGAGACCGUAGCCACAUGGCUGUUCUGUUGUUUUUCAGGUUCAAACGUUGUACUACUCAGCCGAUCACAAGCUGCUUGAUGGAAACCUGCUAGAAGGACAGGCUGAGGUGUAUGGCAGUGAUGAUGACCACAUUCAGUUUGUGCAGGUACAAAUUGCACAUGGUCUGAGGUAACCUCAGGUAAAACUGGUUAGAGUAGUAAAAGGAAGAAAUAACAGUCUCAGAACAGUAGCUGCCUUAGACGGCUCGUGUGGUCUAGUUCACGAGUGGCAAGCGUGGCCUUCCAGAUGUUGCCAGAUGCCGCUGCCCCCAGCCCAUGCUAGCAUGGGCAGUGGGCAGGGACAGUGGGAGUUCUAGUGCAGCAACAUCCGUAGGGUCACAGGUCAGCCACCCCCGAUUUAGUUCCUUCAAGCUGUAACGUAAUACAGUGGUGCCCCGCAAGACGAAAUUAAUCCGUUCCGCGAGAGUCUUCGUCUAGCGGUUUUUUCGUCUUGCGAAGCAACCCUAUUAGCGGCUUAACGGAUUAGCGCUAUUAGCGGUUUAGCGGCUAUUAAAGGCUUAGCGGAUUAGCUGCUAAAAGGCUAUUAAAGGCUAUUAAAGGCUUAGCAGAUUAGAUAAAGGGGGGGGGGGAGUGAAAAAAAAAUCUCAAGACUUGCAAGACAUUUUCGUCUUGCGAAGCAAGCCCAUAGGGAAAUUCGUCCUGCGAAGCAACUCAAAAACGGAAAACCCUUUCGUCUAGCGGGUUUUCCGUCUUGCGAGGCAUUCGUCUUGCGGGGCACCACUGUACAGUCGUACCUUGGCUCCCCAACAAAUCGGCUCCCAAACGAUCAAAACCUGGAAGUGAGUGUUUCGGUUUUCGGAAGCCGAACACUCCUGCAGCCAAUUGGAAGCCACGCUUUGGUUUCUGAACGUUUUGGAAGUCAGACGGAUUCCGUUCAACUUCCAAAGUACGAGUGUAAAUAUGCCUUUAGUACAGAAAGCACGGCGUAAUGAACAAGAGCAGUUAAUGGAAGUUCAUCUUAAGAUUCUGGAAUGUUGAGAAGGGAGUGCAGUGCUAAAGAUUACAGGAGCUUGCAGAUAGAGCUUAAGCGAUCCGAGGCAAACAAGGAGCGCUGAAUAAGUUUCUGGAAGCAAGAGCUUCGUAGCAUAGAAGUGCAGGCUUUCAGUUGCAGCAGGUUAUCCAGCACGUGACUAGGAGUAGCACGUCAUGAAGUAGCCCUGGAGAUUUCCUUUGGGAAACCUGCCAUACAGGGCACAAACUGAGCAGAACCAAUUUGUAAUUGCAAGAAUAAUGGUAUACUUCAGGUAGCCUGCAAACAGCGGGAACGUUCUGAAUACUGUAGUGCACUGCAUUAGUAACUUGGUGAAAAUUUCACUUUCUGGAUGUGAUAACUGCCACUGUUGCCAUAAUUCAAUUUCAAAGUACAUUUUCAAAUGGGAGCUUUUGAGUUUCAGCAACCUAAAUGAGUCGAGAUAUUUGAACUAGAAAAGAAUCUGUGAUGAAGCAGAGUUCAGUUCAUUUUGCAACUUAAAUGUAAUUAGGUGGUGGCAUCUGGAGUUGCAAAAAACAGAGAGGUGAUAAUAUUAGCCUUCUCUCAGCUGCUAAUUUAAUAGGUUUGUUAGCAGGAGUUGAGAUUUGAAGAAGUUUAAAUCUCCUAAUACUUGGGAGCUGUUUAAAAAAAAAGUUUGUACAGGUGUCGGUAGAACCUAGAUGCAAAUCAGUCUUUCAGGGGUGAGCAAGAAUUCUCAGACUUCAAUUAAAUGAUUUGUCCCUUGAAAACCAAAGUGUUCAAAAGGCAGCCAUGGGGGGGUCUGGCUAGUUACAAUAGACAAGUAGGUUGCUUAAGUGCAAGGCAGAGGCUGAGCCUAAGCCCAAAUGCCAAACCCCAUACUUGAUUCCUAAAUAACUGCAAAAUACCCAUUUCCCAGAAGGAACACCCCCAAAGCAUGUGUUGCAGACAGAACUCGCACCCCACUUAAAAAAUGACAAAACCACAUCCUGAAAACACGGGGAUCCUUUUUCAGAUGUUACUCACUGCCUUCCCCCUACAAGCUUAUAAGGCAGCAAUCAGUCUUCUUUUCUCUCCCCGUUUUUGUUUUAAAAAGCAGCAGGCAGUUGGACUGGGUUCACUGGAAAGCAAAAACACCAACUGCAAAGUAGUCACACUUUCCUUCUCUGAGAAUGUCUCUGGGACCAUGUGGGAUCCAGAGACAUUCUGGGAAGAAAAAGAAGAAGAAAAGAUGGCGGAGUCUUAUCUCCCAAAGGUUAAAAACAAAUGAAUUAAAAUUAAAACAUUCAGAGGAGCAGGGACACCAAGGGAGGUGUCUAAAGCCCAUUUGGGAGAGAGAGGAGAGUGGAAAUGAAGUAUCUUAGACAAAAGGAGAAAUGGCUUCAAUAGAGGAAACUGGUGUAAUUAUUCUGAAACAACAGAGAUGGGUUUCAUAGACCCGAGGUGGGCAGAAGGUAGAUUGGGAUCUUCUCCUAGAUCUCUGGGUGAUCUGCAGGAGAUUGGCAAAGCUUUUUGUCUUUUAAUUGUUUUAACAAUAGCAAUAACAAAACCCUUCCAAUUUCAAGGAAGUUCAAAUGAAGAAAGCUUAAGCGGAAGUGGAUUUUUGCGUGAAAGGAUACGGCUUUGUUUACUAAUUUCUAGGCUCGGAAUGUCCUCAAGACUAGGCACCAUUUCUUCUUUAAAAAAAACAACUAGCCAUAUGUCCCGUGCAUCUAGCUCUGGUCGGUAGAUUUUGGGGUUCUAGUAAAAACAGCAAGCUUGAAUUGCAUCCACCCCACUCCUUAAACCAUAAGGCACUUGCAGAUUAAAGUCUAUGGUUUGGUACAGAUAGGAAGAAUUGUGCUGAAAGAAGUAGACAAAAUAUAUGCGAUUUGGUAGAAAACCUUAUGUAAUACCUUGGAUUUAUACAAUAAGUCUUCAGAGUUUUGCUGUGUAGGCUAUGCACCCUUGAAACUUGCGUAGUAAUAAUAGUUGCCGCAGGUACUUUGAAACAAAGUGAAGAUCGUCCCAUUAGAAAGCAUAGCUUACGUGAAGCUAAGUCAUUAAUUUGAUUCAGAAGCUAAGGAGUUGAGUAUUGGGGUGAAAUGGUUUUUGCGAGUAAGGGGUGCGUUACGUGCUCCAUCACGUUGCUGAGAUUUUGAUUCGUCAAGUUGCCUGUGCAGAUGUUCUUAUAAAUGAGGCUGCACAGAGGUAAAAAUAGAAGAGAAAAUAGUUCUGAAACAAAGGCAGAUCACAGUAUGCUCUGUGGCCGGGUUUCUGUAGCUGCCUUUUGAUUUUGCAGAAAAAGACCCCCCGUGAGAAUGAUCUCAAGCAGAUAAGUAGCAGUUCCUCUGGAAGUCUUUCUCCAAACGCAGCAGUGCAGAGUCCUAAACACGAGUGGAAAAUUGUUGCUUCAGAGAAGACCUCAAGUAAGCAGAACUUGUGUUUCUGGGAAUGUUAUUUUUAAAUCACUGUGUACCCAUGCUUAAAUAUGGAAGUUGCAGGAGGCAGUGCCAUUUUUUGCAAUUGUGUUAAUAAAUGCAGUGUUCUUUUCUCGCCUUCAAAUAUUGGGGGAAAGCUGAAAUUCCAGCCUACCUAGAGGGUAAUGGUAUGGCUUUAGUGCAGGCUUCCUCAACCUCCAGAUGUUUUUGGCCUACAACUCCCAUGAUCCCUAGCUAGCAGGACCAGUGGUCAGGGAUGCUGGGAAUUGUAGUCUCAAAACAUCUGGAGGGCCGAGGUUGAAGAAGCCUGCUUGAGUGGAAGAAAACAUGAUCAUAUUUUGGAAUUAAAUGUACUCUUUCCCACCCCUUGCUUCCCCCCCUCCCCCCAGAUAAUACCUACCUGUGUCUCGCUGUUCUGGAUGGCGUGUUUUGUGUGAUUUUCCUUCACGGGCGUAACAGUCCCCAGAGUUCUCCGACCAGCACUCCACGGUUGAUGAAAAGCUUGAGUUUCGAGAUCCAGCCAGGUGACCUUAUUGAAAAGCCCAUGUCUCCGAUGCAGUAUGCUCGGUCUGGAUUGGGAACAGCAGAGCUUGGCAACAAACUCAUAGCCGCAGGUAAGGAAAACCUACUAGCGCUUCAUGCAAUGCAGGCCUCUUCAUUUUCUCAUACUUGGGCAAACUGCCAUGGGAAGUGUUUUGCGGAGUAAUUGCUUGCUAAAGUUGGGUUCCCGAGGAGAUUCUGUUAUCUUAAAUACCUCUUGCGUACUUUGCAUUCCUGCUAGGUGGAUAUAACAGAGAAGAAUGCUUGCGCACCGUAGAAUGUUACGACCCCCGAAAGGAUUGCUGGACUUUCGUUGCACCGAUGAGGACACCAAGAGCCAGGUUCCAGAUGGCAGUGUUAAUGGUACGUGUGGGGUGAAUAGCCACGCCCUCUGGCACCCUCUAGGUAGGCUGGAAUUUCAGCUUUCCCCCAAUAUUUGCAUUUACUUGGAUUUGGCUCUUGAUUACAUGCCAAAUCCAAGUAAAUUCAGUUAAAAACCACAUUUUUAAAAGAAGAAGGGUGCAGAAAUUUCAACACUUGCCAAAGUGCUCAUCCAACAAUAUAAUAAAAAGAAAUCCUACACACGCAAACACUAAUAGAUUAGUCUGAGGUUAGCCUCCACUGUAAUGCUGAAGUAUGAUCUCAAAAACUUAAAUGCCCAAAGCAAGGAUAAAUUACAAUGUAUUUUUGGCACCUGAUAACAUGGACAGUGACAAUUCCAGCGAGUUUCCCUGCAGAGCACAGGUGAGGCACACACGAGAAAAAAUUGACCCCCGUGGAACUCCACCUUGAAGGUUCUGCAAGGCCAAACAGCACCCCCAAAGUGCCACUCUCUUGACGAGAGUCCUCCCAAGUAGGACCAGAACCAUUGCAAAACAGAGACACCCAAUCCCUGAUACCAUGACUGAGGGUAUCAAAAGCUGCUGAGAGAUCAAGGAGAAUCAACAGGGCCACUCACUUCCUGUCCCUGCCAGAAGAGCUCAUCGUGCAGAGCAACCCAAGAAUCUGAUUUCUCCGACUUAAAAUUUGUAGCAGUUCAGCACAAAGGUGAUGGUCACGUGUUCCUCUGCACUUUUUGAAAGGAUACACCUAGGUUCAUAGUUGCCUGUAAUGAUGGGGCAAUUCCUUUUCUUGGAGGCUUUCCUUGUCUGAUUUAGAAACUAUUCGCUACUAACACACCAGGCCGAGGCAUGCCUGUUUAACCAAAACAAUGUAAUGGAUCUUUGUUGUAAUAUUUAUUGCUUCUUCAACUUAGGGGCAGCUGUAUGUUGUUGGUGGGUCCAACGGCCAUUCAGAUGACUUGAGCUGCGGAGAAAUGUAUGACCCGGAAAUUGAUGAUUGGACUCCCGUUCCAGAGCUGCGAACCAACCGUUGCAAUGCAGGUAAGAGUCUACAAUGCCCUAUGAAGGUUAUUAUUUCUUUCUUAAGCAUUCAGGCAAUAAAUUGUUUCGUUUCUCUCUCUCCCCACCAUGGAUUAACAGGUGUUUGUGCCCUGAAUGGAAAGCUGUAUAUUGUUGGCGGCUCAGAUCCUUACGGUCAGAAAGGAUUGAAAAACUGUGAUGUCUUCGAUCCCAUAGCAAAAUCCUGGACAAGCUGUGCUUCACUUAACAUCCGUAAGUCCGUGUUUUCAUUUUUCGAGUUGGAAGGGACGCGGGUGGUGCUGCAGUCUAAACCACAGGCCGGCAGUUCAAAUCUGCAAACAGGGUGAGCUCCUGUUGCUUUGUCCCAGCUCCUGCCAACCUAGCAGUUUGAAAGUACACCAGUGCAAGUAGAUAAAUAGGUACCGCUGUGGCGGGAAGGUAAACAGUGUUUCCGUGCGCUCUGGUUUCCGUCACGGUGUUCCAUUGCACCAGAAGUGCUUUAGUCCUGCUGACCACAUGACCUGGAAAGCUGUCUGUGGACAAAUGCUGGCUCCCUCAGCCUGAAAGCAAGAUGAGCGCCGCAACCCCAUAGUCGCCUUUGACUGGACUUAACGGUCCAGGGGUCCUUUACCUUUCCCUUUCCCUUUAACCUUUAGAGGUUGGGAUGGCUUUAAGAAUUCAAGCUUUUUAGGAGACAGAAAUUUCUUAGGGCAGCUUCAGCUGCAGUGUGCCACUGUUAGAGGUCUGCUACUGCUAGUUUUUAAAUGAAAUUUGGUGAGAAUCAGCCCCCUGACAGUUGGUAGAGAUGAGACUCAUUAAUCUCAGGGUUGUGGGUUAGAGCCCCGUGUUGGGCAAAAGAUUUCCUGCAUUGCAAGGGGUUGGACUAGAUCAGUGUUUCCCAACCUUGGAUCUCCAGCUGUUUUUCAUCCCUGACCACUGAUCUUGCUAGCUAGGGAUGGUGGGAGUUGUAGUCCGAAAACAGCUAGAUACCCAAAGUUGGGAAACACUGGACUAGAUGACCCUUGUGGUCCCUUCUAUCUCUAUAAUUCUAUGAUUUUGAGAGAGAAGCUGCAUCUUUUGCUGCAGCAAUAUUUAGUAUUGAGGGUUGUUUUUCGCAGACUGCAUUAGAGUGGCAACAAGUGGAAUCGCUUUCUGGGACCUUUUAGACUGACUUAUUGGCAGUUGACUCUUGGCUGGCAUGAAAAAUGUCCCCUACAGUUUUUGUGAUGCUUCUGUCAUUAGAGCGCAGCUUAAAACCCCUCCCCCUGAUUUGCAAUCUUGUGUUGGCUUUUCGUUUAUAGGAAGACACCAGUCUGCUGUAUGUGAGCUUGGCGGACAUUUGUACAUCAUUGGAGGAGCUGAAUCUUGGAACUGCCUUAACAGCGUGGAGCGUUACAACCCAGAAAACAAUACCUGGACCCUGAUUGCACCGAUGAACGUAGCUAGGCGUGGUGCAGGUGUUGCCGUACUUGAUGGUAAGUUUGUGUGAGUGGAGCUCCGCAAUUCAGAGUAACCCCCUUUUGGUGGGGGGAGGAUAUAGACCUUGUGGCCAAGAAAUGGGGCACAGCAAAUCAGAAUACAUGACAGAGCAAUAGGGGUAAUGGCUCUCUCGAUGUUUGCAAGCCCAUUAUACUGGCUGAAGAUGUCUAGAGACUGAUUGUGAACCAUAAACCACCAGAAUGCCUAUAUUACGCAAAUCCAAAACGUAAUAGGCCGUAUAGUAACAAUUGCAAAGUUAUUUACUAGAACUACUUCUCAAAAAUUAGAUACCACUUUUCAUAAUGUCAAAAUCAACAUCGGGACAGAAUAUAAUAAAAAUGUAACUUUCCGGUUCACCACCAAGUCUAGUAUGUACAAAAAACCCGGCUGAGCGUUAUGGAGGUACAGUGCCACCUCUGGUUGCGGACGGAAUCUGUUCCAGAGGUCUGGCCAGAUCCCAAGGUUUUUGCAACCGGAGAGACUGCUUCUGCGCAUGCAGCAGUAGAGUGCUUCUGCGCAUGUGCGCACGGCAAAAACCCGGAAAAAUACUUCCGCGUUUGCCGCUUACGCAUCCCAAAGUUUUCGUAACCGGAGGUACCACUGUAUUCCGAAGAGCUGGAAAGUGUUGAAGUGGAAUUUUAUUGCCAUCAUAAUUCAUUAAUUUUUUGAAAGCUCAAGCAGUAUGUUUAACCUUGCUUGGUACGCAGUUAACCUUUCAGGUAUAGCUUUUGUGCCCGGAACAUGGUUUUUCCCUCUACAGUGGUGCCUCGCAAGACGAAAUUAAUCCGUUCCGCGAGUCUCUUCGUCUUGCGGUUUUUUCGUCUUGCGAAGCACGGCUAUUAACGGCUUAGCGGCUUUAAGAAAAAGAAAACAAACUCGCAAGACGCCCAUAGGGAAAUUCGUCUUGCAGAACGACUCAAAAAACGGAAAACCCUUUUGUCUAGCGAGUUUUUCGUCUUGCGAAGCACGGCGCUUAGCGGCUAUUAACGGCUUAGCGGCUUUAAGAAAAAGAAAACAAACUCGCAAGACGCCCAUAGGGAAAUUCGUCUUGCGGAACGACUCAAAAAACGGAAAACCCUUUUGUCUAGCGAGUUUUUCGUCUUGCGAGGCAUUCGCCUUGCGGGGCACCACUGUACACUUUACUGAAGAUUGACUGCUAUCCACUCUACAGGAAAACUCUUCGUUGGUGGCGGCUUCGAUGGUUCGCGUGCCGUCAGCUGCGUGGAGAUGUAUGACCCUGCUAAGAACGAGUGGAAGAUGAUGGGCAGCAUGACGAUCCCAAGAAGUAAUGCCGGUUUUGCAACCGUGGCCAACACCAUCUAUGCAGUGGGCGGCUUUGAUGGCAAUGAAUUUCUGAACACAGUCGAAGUCUACAACCCGGAGUCAAACGAGUGGAGCCCAUACACAAAGAUCUACAAAUUCUGACGGACAGGAGGAGUGUCUUUAAAACUAACAGGCUUAGUGAUGUAAUUGUCAGUAGAGGUACACAUGUGAAUAGGGGGCGGGGGGUGUUAAGUUGCCAUCAGCAACACAAAAGCUUUUUGCAUAUUGCAUACUAUUAAUAUGCUGUACAUAUUUUUAUUUUAGAAGACGUGCAGGGUGUUCUCUGUUUUAGGAUUUGUUACUUUAGGCUGGAAGUUGAUAAUUCUGAGAGAAUUAGAAUGAAAGCUGAUGGCAUAUCAUUUCAAGAGCUUCCCCCAAUGUUUGUUUUGCCAAUUUGCACACACAAAUACUUUAACCUUAGAAUUUGUUUCUGGUACCGGCAGGAAAUAUAGUGAGUCUUCAAUGUGAGCAAUGCUUUUUAGGGCUUGUUCGAGUUUUUUGUUUGUUUAAUCUUAACUGGGGAAAUCUAAUAAGCCUUAUUUAAAUAGAUUUUGGCUUUAUAUAAAAGAAAGCUGACACACCUGCCAAUUUGACUGCCUUUUAUAACUUUUUAUAUAUAAAUAUAGUCAUAGCCAGUUGUUAUAUUCUGAAGUGACAUGAAAUAAUACGUUGAAACAAAAAACAGUGAGUAAAAUCUCAAAAGUUCAUAAACUGAAGUGAAACAUGUCGUUUCUUCAUGUGUGAGAGCCUUUCAUUUUUGUUUUCCUGCUACAUUGUAUGAAAUCCAAGUAUGCAAUAUUGAUUUUCAUUGCCUUCGAGUGGAGUUUCUGAACGUGGCCAUAGUGUAAGGAAGGGGGGGGCGGGGAAUCUGGUUCUGAAAUUUAACUGAUUUAGAGAGGGUGCUUUUUUCUGUAUGUUUGUUAGGUUAUGCAGUUGUAAUAAACAUGCAAAGCUGCAAAAUGCUAAAACUGUGUGGUGUGUUAGCAAAGUUACCUAUCUGAAAAUUAUUGUAUAAGUUUGUAUCUUUCUACUGCAACCUAAAAAAACAUGCUAUGAUUAAAAACUGUGCUUCAUUUGUUUAACAAUGGCUGUUUAGUAUCCUUGCAUCGUGUUUUCUCCUAAUGGUCUAGAUUGCCCAGUGCUCUUCACUCCAUGAAGCAGUUGCCUGUGUAUCCCUAUCAUCAUUUUUUAGCUUAGCAAAUAUAUGAAUAUAGCUUCUCCCUAGUUGGGGCAAGAAUCAAGCCAGGACGUAUCUAACCUUAGUUCAUUUUUCAGGAGAAAACUGGUUGUCAGAUUCACCAGGAAAAGAAAUAUGAGAUUCUUGCUCUUCAGUGCCUGUACAUAUUUAAAUCUUGCAGGAUUAUGGAUUUAUGUUGUUCCUAGAUUAUUAACACUUUUCUACUGAUAGCAGUGCC